AGAAAAUGUGCCAUAAAUUAUCUAUUUGAAUUUCAUACAAGUCGAAAUAUCUCAAUAGCGAACAUGAAAUUAUAAAAAUUCUCACGAAUUUUAAGAUUUUUUUCGUUUAAUUAAGAGAAUAGAAAUUUUCGCAGCUUCCUCAGUAUAGCAUUAAAACUGAGAGACUGAUUAGAGGUAGUGAUUGAUUCUUGCUGAAUUCCUAGGUAUCGCCCGAUGAAUUUCACUCCGGAGUAUUUAAAAGAGAGGACUGAUGCCUCCUUAUCCUUGUUUGAAGAGAUAAAAGGUAUGGACAUCGAUGAACUAAAAUUAAAGCCAAGAGAAGCUAAAGCUCUUUAUCAGGUUAGUGAAGUCCGUCUUCUUGCCUUUGUCAGCAAACAUUGUCAACGCAUGUAGUGUCUGUUUUUGAUGAGAAAAAUAGACAAUAUACAUUUGCAUUAGACAAAGAAAUACUAAAGGAUGCAUUUAGCAGGGGAGAGGGAAAACAAAGAAAAACCCUUUAAAAUUCCGCAAAAAACAGACGGCCGAAAAAAAUUCGUGCAAGUAGAGACAAUCUCUCUCCCCCCUCCCCCACCCCCAAACACUUUUCUAAAGGUCCGCCUCUGACUGGCUAGUAAGUUUCUUGUCAUCAAUAAAUAUGUAGGGAACUAGAAUUUUUCCCUUCAAGUGCACUUUUAUGAAGGGAAAAAUGAAAAAAAGGGGGGGGAGGGAAAAAAAAACAAAAAACGUAAAGUAAAAAAAAAAACAAGAAAAAAAACAUAAAACGUAAUACUUUUUUUUACUUUACGUUUUUUUGGGGUUUUUUCUCCUUUUUUUUUCGUUUUCCCCUUCAUAUGCACUUAAAUGUAGGCCUGUAGGGGAUUAGAUUACAUUCAGUAUAAAUGAAGUUAGUUUUAUGACUUGAUUUUCAUAAACCGCCUCAUUUUUAAUUCGUUUCAGCUGAAACAUUUCUUGCGCACGACUUUUGCCUCUCCCUACGAUGCAAAUUUCUACAGCGGUGACUGGAUGUUAGGUCCAAAUCAUUUUUGCUGGCAAUCAAUAUGUUUCUUGGGCUACGACCUGGAGGAAUAUUCGAUGUGGGUGAAGCCUAAAGAUUUGGAUGGUCUAGAACGCAUAUUGGAUAUGAUAUAUCAACAUGGAGAAGCCGUGAAACAAUACCAGUAAGAUCAAUUUUUGAAUUUCUUUAAUUUACUAGAAGUUUACGAUAAUCGGUAUUGGGUGUUUUAAGUUCAAAAGGUAGUCAAAAUGGGAAAUAUAUGGUCAAAAUAGUUGGUCAACUUUUAAACGAAAUUAGAAAAGAAUUGCUUUGGGGGUAAUGAAGUAAAAAAAUUAAGGACUGAAGUAAACAAAUGUUUAAUCCAAUAAAACGGUAUCGUGUUGCAUGUUAGGUGUGGAGCAAUUAAUGCGUGAAGCGUGUCAUUUAUAUUUAUGAGCGGUUUUAACGAACGUUAGUUGCAGUAACAUGUUACCGUGGAAAUUAUCUUCAAAAACUCAUUAAACUAUAAAAGUCGUAUCCUCGGUCGUAUCUUUAUAUGUGAUAGAGAUUUUCCUUGAUUUACAUAAACUUUAACUUUCAUUUUCUCGACUUGCACGACGUAUUUUUUGAAAAUUACUUUGCCAAUGAACUUACUAGAUCAAUCGUUUUUGAAGCAAUUUAAAACAUUCGCAGUGCGUGUUUUAUCAGACCUAAAGUCGUAAAGAUACUCGGCUUCGCCUCGAAUCUUUAUAUCUGAUAAAACACUUCUUCUCAUGUUUUAAAUAGUACAUUAAAAACUCGAAAUGAACGACGUCAGCUUUACUCCGUCGACUGACAACAUGCAUGACAUCAUAUAUUAUAAAAUCGAUAUUGGUACAUUUAUAACAUUUAUAGUAUCGGCUAGAUUGUUGCAUGAAUUUGUAAUCGGUAAUUUCCAAUUGUGGAACAUGAUUAGAAUUUCGCCUUCAUGUAAGCUUUUAGUCACAACCAAACUCUGCUUCCGUGUUCGGUAACUAUAACUGGGUUCUUUUAGUUCUUCAGUUUAAACAUCAAAACUAGACAUCAAAACUGAUAGAACUAUCCAGUGUAAAUAAGAUAGGUUUUCGUCUGGUAAUAUCAUGUGACAAUAAUAAUGACCCUUAAUACUGGACCUCUAGUGAGAACAGUUUAGAAUUUGUACUACAUGGUCAUGGAGCUAUCCAAUAUACGAACUGUAUAAAUAAAUAAAAUGAGUCAAGUUUGCAUACAGGUCUCCUCAGAUCGCUAGGGAGAACAGUUUAGAACUCGUGUAAGCUUCGUGUAGACUAUCCAGUAUUAAUAAAUUUUGUGUGGUUUAUGUUUCCUCCUGUAAUAACACUAUACUCACUACUCACUAGAGCAAUAUUGCGUAUAAAGCUAGGUAUGGCCUUAUUGAACUUCAGAAUUUCCAGGAAGAAUAGUUUAGAAUUGAUCGAGCCGUCCAAUGUAAAUGUGGUUCUUGUCCUCAAAAUCUCAAUGCUGAUUUGUACUUUUAAAUUGGGAGAUCGUAAAAAUAUAGUUUUGCUAUUUCUACUAUUGCUAACUGUAGUUCAAAUGCCUCGCUAUUUUCGCUAUUGCAAUUGCGCUAACAGAGACUCCUGUUGCCGUCUCAAGUAUUUCAUUUCAGACUUAAAUGCUUUAAUAAUUCUAGCUCUUGAUUUUUCAUUGUUUAUACGGCUUCUUGAUAGCUUCCACUUUAGAUCAGGUGAUUCAAUAUUAUUAAAUUUAUUAUAAAUUGAAACGAUUUCUUCAGCCGUAAGCAGUCCAGAUGUAGCAACAUAUUUUGCGAAUCCGUCCUCACGCAUAGCAAGAAAUCUUAGAUCGUAUAUCGCAUCGCCAAUAACGAAUCUCCUGUUCUCCCUUGUUCUAUCUAAACCUUUCUGUGAACAUUGGUAGUCGAUCCAUUUUAAAACAGCUUUAAAAAGUUCAACUUCUUUAAUAUCCAAGCUGUCCCGCUUGAGCAAACAAGCUAAUGAUUUAUGGCUAAUCAAAUUGAAACAUUCCAAUACCACAAUGUCGUUAGUGUUCCAGUCUAUAAACUCCCAAGAUUUAAUUUCUAAAUGUUUCUCAUCAAAAUGAAUAGCUUGUUCUAAGAUAUACAACACGUUAUUGGGCUCCGUCUCUCUUUCAAGGAAUUUAACGCACUCUUCAGUCAGCGAAGGCACAAUAUAUUUCUUUGAUAAAUACAUGAUAGACACAGCAUUUUCUAUCGUUAGACUCGUCCAAUUGCAUUCGUCUGUGUAGAGGAACCUCAAGCAUUCCUCCAGACUUAUCUCAUCCGUGUCGCUGAGACGAAGGGUCGAAUUCUUCUCUGCUAAAUCGCCAUAGAACAUUGCUUUAAAUACAGCACUGCUUGUAGCCAAGAUAUAUUUAUGGGCAUAGAACAUCUUGUCUGAACCUUCGCAAGUAAAGCUGAUGUCGCUCAUGUCCGAAUUGUUAAACAUGUGUCGGGUUCUUUCUGAGACGGUGUUCUUUGUCGACUGCCAGUCUACAUGAGGUUGAGCGGAAGGUUUAUGAACCCAGACACGUUUCAUUUUCACACGGCGACUAUUUUCUUCUGUUGCCUUCGUUUUAUAUUUACGUUUCCCCAACAUUCCAUGUUCCUUUGACGCCAUUUUGUUUUAUACGCUGGCGAUGAUACUGUAAAUAAAUAAAAAAAUAAAUAUUUAAAUUUGCAAGGCAAAUUAGUUUGAGACGUCGAGGGUUUCUCACUCUAAAACUGUGGUUUCUUGUUGCAAGUAGAAAAUCAGCAACAUGAAAAAUGAUACGCAUUGGACUGUAAAUCUAUACCCUGCAGUAAAUAUGCCCGCUUGUCAUUUAUGACAUUUAUAUAAUUCUGGUCAUUUUUAUAACAUAAAAUUCCAUCUUUCCCUCACUCGAAAAUAUUUUUACUAUUGCACUCUUAAACAUCCAUUGUUUGUAUAAUAUGCUAUGCCUAUGGUAUUACCGUCCAGCGCAUUUAUACUUUAUUGGCGGCAUUCAAUCAUAUAAGCACUUUUGAGCCGGCGAAGGAAGAAGAAUGGUGCAUCAUUUUGUUUCGCGCGAAUAAACUAAUCUCAAUCCUAAAAGACUGUUGACCGGCCUCGUACGUAGUCGUAGCGGUCACACAGGCUACCUAAAUAGUAACGUUAUAUAACUAGACUGUUUUAAAACAUACGGCGCGAUCACGCGAACUGAAAGACAACCUUUCGAAACAAAGAAAUUAUUCAUGCUAAACAAAAAGUUUUAACAACUUGUGGUCCCAGGGGUAUCCUCAACAACAUUGUCAUUCUGAAUACAACGUAAAGCCAGGAGGGGCAAACUAGGAAACAUUGUCGCGGAAACAUUGUUUCCUGACAAUGUUUCGCCAUGUUUCCCAGAAUGUGCAAACACUUGGAAACAUUAGUGAGAAACAUAGGGAAACAUCAAAUGUUUCUGAAUUUGCUAGGAUUCGAAACAUUUUUCAGUUCUCGGGAAGCAAAUUUUGUUUCCACAACAAUGUUUCCUUGGGUGGGCAAAUUAAGAGGGAAACAUUUGAGGAAACAUCACGAAUCGCAAAUGUUUCCGCAACAAUGUUUGCUAGUUUGCCCAGGGCUUUAAACUAAGAUUUGGUGACGUCUUUCGAGCAGCGUCACGCUAAUGGUUGUUGAGACGUUAGAGGAGUUAAAUAAAAUCUGAACUUUUCUGUUCAGUGUGCAAGGUCAUUUUAAAUAUCUUCCCGGAUUUACAGUAACCAAAUUCCUUAGGUCUCAAUCAGCUAGUUGAGCUGAAAUUGAGACCGCGUCGUCCAAUGUCAACUCUUGCGCGAAGCCAUUCUUGUCAUGCAUAGGCUACAACGAUUUUAUCAUACCUCAUACCUCAUACUGAAAACUUAUGAUCACCAAUACUUAAUUGAUAAUUUCAGGUUGAACAUGCGUCUGGGAGUCAAAUCAGGCAUGAUCCGUUCUAAAAACAACUGCAAGUCUGGGCUGAAUGCAUUUAAACAGCACUUCAAGAAGACAACAAAGGACAACAAUCCUAAUGAUAUCUUGGAAGAACUACAUGUAAAGCGUUAUCGCGAGGAGUUGUACAUCGAGGCUUUAUCAGACGAUGAUACAAGGGAAUGGCUGAGGAUGAAAGGCAAAACUGUGUCCGCUUCAAUUGACGAGGCAUUAGUUGAAGGUCAGCUACUCCCAAAUUUUCUCAGUUUCGAAAGAAUUACCUCAGAACAAUUUUCUAUUUCUACGUAGAACGAAGAACGGCAAAAUCUUAUCUAUUUGUUAAUUAUUGCACUGAAACCAAAACUUAUAUUAUACUAUCGCCAUACUUGCAAAGAACUUUAUUUUAAGACCCCGUUUAACGUUUAUUUUAAGACCCCGUUUACACGGUAUCGGACGAAUUUGGGCCCGGCCUGAAAUUCGUCCUUUUUCGCCUGUUUACACGUAUGCGAAUUUGUCCUGUUAGGGGGUCACAAAUUCGUCCGGUUCCACGUGGUUCAGUCGUGUACCACGGAAGGUCGAAACGGGCGAAUUUCAGCCCGGUUCCAAAUUCGUCCGGUACCGUGUUUAAACGGGGUCUAACUAUGUUUAGUUUACGCUCUGUCAUAUUCUAGGAAUUGGAAGGCCUUUAAUCGAUUUUGUGAAAUACCUUGAGGAUGAACAUAUGCGACAUUGCCUUCCCAGAGAUCUUUCCAGUGGUCUAGCUGGACUUCCCGUGGAUUUUAUAUAUAUUGACGGUACCGCUUCCAUCAUUCCCACCACCAAAGUCUUGCCAAUAACUGGACAGAAGUUGAACGGGAAGGAAAACUACAAAAAUAUUUUACCAUAUUUUACCACGAGUGAUAUUACGCCAGAUGAGAUUUAUAAAAUUGGACAGGAAACCCUAGCAGCUCUUUAUCCACAGGUGAGAAUAAUUGUGUCUCUAUCAAAAUCAUCAGUAAGGCUAAUAAGAAGAAAAAUAACGUUACACUAUAUAGUUACAGAAAUAAUCCUCUAUGCACCGGAUUGAAAAGUAGAUGGCACUGAUCAUUUUUUCUCUCGAUGCAAAAUUAAUUUCGACCAAUGUAAUCAAUGUAUUACUUUAAAAAGCUCAAUUAUUCAUAAGGAAAAGACAGAGGAAAUCAAUAUACUGUGUGAAUGUCUCGGUGGUUUUAUAUGUGAUAAAAAUCUUGUUAAUUUAAUUAAUUAACUUACAUAAACUUUAGCUUGAUUUUUUCGGCUUAGAUAACGUUUAUUUUGAUAAUUACUUCGCCAAAGAACUCUUAAGAUGGGUCGUUCUUUUAAGUUCAGAUGUAUUAUCAGUUGUAAUAUCUGAUAAGCACUUCUGCUGGUGUUUUAAAUAGUACAUUAGUACAUGAUUUUUUAAUUUUACGUAUAUUUUAGGCAAUAGAGAUAGCCCGCAACAUCACAGGCGAAUCAGACAACGAAACAGCUAUUCGUGAAUUCAAGAAGCUACUGAACUCGUCGGAAGAAUAUUUCAACGACGGGCCGUUUCCUGCAAACGAAUCGGACGCUGCUGCAUUCAAAAAUUGUUCAGACAUCGAGUCUGCGAAGUUGAAUUGUCCUACACGUUGGGAAGCUAUGUUGAAAUGGGCCGGUUAUGGCCGUCAAACGGGAGCGAUAUUGGCACCAAAACUCAUUCCAAUGUUUUACCAUACUGGCAAUAAGAUUACAAUUCCUAACUGUCCUUUGGAAAUCAGGCCCGAUUUUAACCCAUCGUUUGCGACUCAGUCGUACUCAGUGUCCAGUGCAGGUUGUCAGAAACCAGCGUUUAUGAACAUACCUUUCUUCGUAAAAAAAUACGGACCGAAAUUUUCAGACUGGAGUGUAGUUGCACACGAAGGCUGGCCUGGGCACCAUACUCAAAUGCAAGGUAGGUAAUUCGUGAGUAAUUUGUCUUAUACACAUCACCUUACUUUACCAUACCAUACUAUACCAUACCAUGCCAUACCAUACCAUACCAUACCAUACCAUACCAUGCCAUACCAUACCAUGCCAUACCAUACCAUACCAUGCCAUACCAUACCAUGUCAUACCAUACCAUGCCAUACCAUACCAUACCAUACCAUGCCAUACCAUACCAUGCCAUGCCAUGCCAUGCCAUGCCAUGCCAUACCAUACCAUACAAUACCAUACCAUGCCAUACCAUAUCAUACCAUACCAUACCAUAUACCACAUACCAUAUCAUAUACCAUAUACCACAUACCAUAUACCAUAUGCCAUAUCAUAACAUAUACCAUAACAUAUACCAUACCAUACCAUACCAUACCAUAUGCCAUGCCAUGCCAUGCCAUGCCAUACCAUACCAUACCAUACCAUAUUACCAUACCAUACCAUACCAUAUACCAUAUACCACCAUACCAUAUCAUAUACCAUAUACCACAUACCAUAUACCAUAUACCAUAUCACACCAUAUACCAUAACAUAUACCAUACCAUACCAUACCAUACCAUACCAUACCAUACCAUACCAUACCAUGCCAUACCAUACCGAUACCAUACCAUACCAUAAUUUACCUUACAUCACAUUACAUUAUAUUACCUUAUCUUACAGGUUUCGCAGAAUACUUUACUGACCAAUGCGAAGAUGUUCUGAAAUGGUUAGACUCCCAAUCAGGGUAUAGUUUUUUCAGAGAGGGUUGGGCAUUGUAUGCCGAGAAGCCAGUUAUUUCUGAAGACACUGACACAUACGACGGAUAUCCCUUAAAAAAGUAUGGAAUGUUGCAAUGGCAGGUAAUAUUGUUGUUCUGCUCAGCUUUAUAUAACAUUGGGAUUGGUUAAUCGUAACGAUAACGGUAGUAGAAGUCAAACUCUGACAUUCUCUAAUGUUUAACACUUGAACCUGACAGCAGGGCCGCAACUGUGGGGGAGGGGGUACGUACGGUCAAGUUUCGGCCCUGCCCGACACGAUCCAAACUCCAAAUGUGUGUGUUUAAAAUCCUACAGUAUAACGCGUUUUUCGUUCUUUCCAGCUGAACGCGAGAAUAAGUAUGAAUUUAUUUUUUAAUACAUGAUGUAUUUCUUUAGAUCUGGAGAGCUUUGCGUCUAAUCGUUGACACAGGUCUUCAUUAUCGCGGAAUGAGCAGGUUGGUCACGUGAAGUCACACUUUGUUACCAAUAUCAAAAUACUUAUGGAAGUAACAGAAUAGCUCCAUCAGUUAUGAUUCAACUGGUGUCGCUACAGAGGGCUAACAGGACUACUAAGGGUCAUCCACACAUUCCUUACUAGCUGUUAUUGCAGAUGGAAACCCUGAAAAAGAGCUUUUAAAGACCAAAAUAGUCUAUUUCGCCAUUUGUAGAAGUGUUUUUAGAUGGAAAUUUCGAGUGUGAAUUUUAUACGUUUUAAUAGAUUAGGAGUAAUGUUUUUGAUGUUACUCUGAGUGUAUAUCCACACCAGGCAGGCUGAAAAGUUCGCCUGACUACGGUGGGAAUCGAACCCGUGACCUUUGGGAUACUAUAGUCCAAUGCUCUGCCAACUGAGCUACGAGGCCAAGUCCGUUCGAGUGUGUGGUAUUUCGCAACUAAGUCUAGUACCUUCGAUACCAAUGUGUUCUAUGAUCAUGAUAUUUUUGUGUGUGUUUUGAUGUUAUGUACUCAGGUGAAUAUAAUGUUCUUGAUGUUACUCUGAGUGUAUAUCCACACCGGGCAGGCUAAAAAAAGUUAGCCUGGCCACGGUGGGAAUCGAAUCCGCGACCCUUGGGAUACUAGUCCAAUAUCGAAGGUACUAUAUAGACUUAGUUCCGAAAUACCACACACUCGAACAGACUUGGCCUCGUAGCUCAGAUUAGGAGCAGUUUCGAAAAAUGUAGCUAUAUGGUCAGUCUGACUUAUCUUUGGAGUUCCGCACCCAUCAACCUACUAAAACGCGUUUCCCUUUUUUAUUUUAGAACUGAGGCUUUGGAAUUAUUCUCAAAAUACGCUUGGGAGGAUGGCGAGAUCGCGCAAAAGGAAGUCACUCGUUACCAGGGCGGUCCGGGACAGGCGACCGCGUACAAACUCGGGCAACAAAAGAUCAUCCAAAUGCGAGAAUAUUGCGAGCAGGAACUUGGGGAUAAAUUUGACCUGCGCGAAUUCCACUACCAAAUCUUAUCGAUGGGCUCGGCAACAGAAAAAUACAUCGAUAAACAUAUCAAACAGUACGUGAAAUGCAUUGUGGAUGACUUAGAUGAGGAAGUUUGUGAUCAUAUUUUAUAUCCGAUGCCAAAAUCGAAGACACAUGACCCUGAUGAGGGGUACGAGCCGUUUCGUCGUAGUAGGCCAUUUCCUGCUCGAUACGCUUAGCGUGAGUAAACUUUCUUCAGGAGAUAAACACUAUGCCUAACCCUAACAUUACUUAUUUAACCAGAUUCCUUACUAGUAGGGUACCGGCGUGUACACAUGGAUAUCUAGGGUGAUACGAGAAUCCAAUUAUGCAAUAAUAUACAGCAGGACCGCUUUUGUUGUGCCGUAAUGAAAUAUCUACAGAUGAUGAAAGGACUAUACAGGGCUCAAAAUAACGGUCGGUCAACGGACAAUGACCGGCCAAAACUGCCUCUUGACCGGUCACCUUUUUUACCUCACCGGUCAUUUUGACCGCGGCCACAUUUUCAUGCCUUCCAAUGUGAUUGCUGACGCCUUGAAUUAAAACAUGAAACUAUGAUGUAUAUCGAAACAAGUUUCUAAUAGUUUGUUUCACUGUUAGUGUAAGCGUAUCGAUGACCGGUCAAAAAUAGAUCAAGAUCAAGUUGUCAGGUCAUUUUGACCGGAGACCUCCCGUUAUUUUGAGCCCUAGACUACGUUCACACUACAAUGGCGCGAAAUAAUGCUGGCAGUGUGUUCACACCAUUGAAAUGAAUAUAACUGGAACGUUACUUCCAACCAGAAAUUUGAGGCCAAACUUGAAGGCCAGUCCCAGUCUUUUCACGCAUGCGAAGAGCGCUCAAUCAGUCAAUCAUGAUAUAAAUACGCGUGUCUGGGGUCGAGAUUUGGCGUCAAGAAAAAGAUAGACAGUUUAUCUGAAGGUAGCAUUCCAGUUAUAUUCAUUUCAAUGGUUCACACUAAGUUUGUUUACAAAUUAAAUUAGCCAGGGCAUUUUUUAACUAUAUAACUACUGGGGCAUUUACCCCAGUAGGCUCUUUGCUUGCCCCGGUAGUGAAGCAUGUUUUCAGAUGAGCUGGGCCCUUUUGAUCAUUAGUAAAAGGCUAACCUUGUUGAAAAAGCUACAUCUGCCUGCUUUCUCAUAUCCCCUCACAUUCUCUACAUGGCUCUCUUAUCAAAAUCAGCACAGGCAGGGGCGGCGCUAAAAGUGGGUUGUGGGUGUGGAAUACCCCAAUCAUCAGGUAGUCAGCAAAAUAUCUAAUCCCAGUUGGAUGAAAAGAAACACUAGUUAGCGUUUGAAAUUAGUAGGCAAUAUUUCACUCACACCCACCCACCCACCCACCCCCUAUUCUGAAUAGCGCUGCCCCUGACUAGCACAGAGUGGUUUUUGUGUACCCGUAUAAACUGUGUGGAGAAAAGGCCCUCAUCAAGACUAAGCCCCAGUAGUUGUAAUUUCUUAAAAAAUGCCCUGAAAUUAGCACUCAUCUAAACUCGAAAUAUUUCAAAUGGAGCAAAGACGAAAAGCAUUCAAAUGUACUGUUUUGAGACCUGAGAUGCUUGGUUUGCAAGCGGUUCAAAAAAACAACGGCGUUUGUGUUCACACGAAGCCGCCAAGCGUUUUCAUCUCGUUCCGUUUGGAAACCGUGCUCAAAUUGGUAUACGGCAAAAGUGACGUCUUCAAACAAUUUUGCUCAGGCGUUGUGUGAACGUAAUAGUUAGUGAUGCAGUUCGGGAUACCGUAUUUACUCGUUUAAGCGACGUGGCGGCGGUGGCGCUACUUACAUUUUUGGUGCUUCGAUGCGGCGUUCUUUGCAAAAUAUUUUAUUUAUGCAACAAGACUAUGCCAGCAACAAAAUAAAAAAAAUAAAAUCGCUUACAUGCAGGAGAAAAAAGUUCCGAGGCUUGCCAAAGAUUGCAAUUUCGUACCCAAGGAGUUUUGCUACCGCUGCGUUUAAACGAGUAAAUACAGUAGAAGGUGUUUUGAGCAACGAACUCAGGAUUUACAUAUAGUAUCUUAGUUUAUUUAACUCAUAAGUUAUAUUUCAACUUUACCACGAUUCAUUUCUCAAUGAUUACUGUGGAAGCAAUAAGUAAUAUAUUAUUACAGCAACGUAAAAAAACGACUAGAAUAUUUUAUUAGAAUACAUAAAUUGAGUGUUAUCGUGUACAUGUUCAUUAAUUAAAAUUAAGACUGCACCAAAAUUGUAAACAAUCGAGCUUAUACAACUUACUGCUAGCCAAACUGACUGAAUUAGUUAUUAUACCAUUGUUUUAUUUUUUGCAUCAAAGGAUAAUCAGUCACAUAUAGGAGCCUGGGAACGAGCUUGAAAAUGCGCAUGCGUGCAUUUGCUAAUGUUCAUUGUUAGAUGCAAAUGACGGCCAGUAUUUUCGCCAGUUUCGCUCGGAAGACUGGGAACGAAAUAAUGCCGAAAUAUUUUGUUUGAAAAAUUUUCAAAAUGUCGGAAGAAAGGAACGAAGAAUGUUGUCUUCUAAAUCGACGUUUAAAUGACUUUGGAGUAGAAACAGACUAAUCAACAUCAUGUAGAUAUAACUUGAUUUUAUAUGACGUAUGUCUCGCAAUCAAUCGAAGUGGACAAUCUCUGUGUUAUCUUGAAAACAAGGCAUGAACUGUCAUAAUUUGUCAAAGUAUAGACUUUAAAUAGUCUACGUUAGGACGGUUGUGUUCUUUUUGUAGCUUGGUUGUAGCGUUGUGAGCUGGCAUUAUGCUAGAAGGUAUGUUUAUGAGAUUUGAAGGAUGUUGCUUAUAGUUAGUCGCAAGUACUGCUUGUAUAACUUUUUUGCUUACCGAACUUUUGUUAAACUUUACAGAUAAGGCCAUGGGAAUGAAAGUCAUAGAUUUGCGUCCACCGCCCGCAUGCCUCAAAAGCUACCGCCUAAAAUUUUCAUUAUUUACAAAAAAAUUCAUUAUUUUCACAAAUAAAACAAAACUCAAUAAAAUUAGCAAUAAAAUUGUGUAUUGAUUACAAUAAAAUGAACAUAUUGCAGUGUGUUUGUCCUCAGUAUCCACAUUCUAUGAAAUUCCAAAUUAUAUUCACCGAAAUGGCGAAAUUGGCACACAGAUCUUAGUACUGCAACUGCGUGAGCUCGAGAUAUAUGUAAUUCCGUGGCGUAAACGGUAAUUCGUGUUUUGAUCUCUGUAUUUACCACCCAAAAGGAUGGUAAAAAAAUAAUGAAUAAUGAAAAAAACCCGCAUGUUUUUUCAAAAUUAUCCGGACGCAAAUCUAUGACUUUCAUUCCCAUGGCCUAAUUGAGAUAAAUAUUGUGAUAAAGUUAACAAAAUGUAAAACAAUUUUAUUACGGGCCACGUCCAUAAUGUCAAAGACUGUCGCUGGAGAUUGCCAACAUUUGCAAUUAUUAAAGCUGUGACAAGUUUCUCUUGACAAGUUUUAUUUGCUUGCACGUGUACGGCAAAAAAUUGACAAUUUUUACUUGCCAACGAGCCUUGUUGCAAAGCUAGGCAUGCCAGCUGUUGGACAAGGAAAUUUUGUUUGUGUCUACAGCUGCCAAAGAAAACCUGACAAGUUUACACAAAAUAUGUCUGUGGGUUUGGCAAACAAAAGCGGCCUUGAUGUGAGAUAAAUGUUUAACAACAUUCUGUGAAAAGGAAGCUGGUCAACUCGGCCCACUGACCAACUCGGCCCAUACCAUCUUGGCCCAAUUGUUAACUACUGUUUGACAUAUUAGGAAAGCUAAUAUUUUACAAAAGAUAGCACCAAACCAAUACAGCCAUGUACAGUUGCAUUGGGCAUACAGAUGAGUAAAGUUUGAGAACAUCCAGUUUGACUUAAUUUAAUUAAAGAAUCUAUCGAAGUUUCAAAUUCUCUAUCUGUUCGUUUUGAUACUAAAUUACUGAUCAUUCAAAUCUCUCUCAAAAUUUGCAAAGAUAGAAUGCAGUCAUGGCUCCUAGCUUGUUUAGUGGUUAGAUAAUAGUCAGUUUACGAGCGGGCGGAGUUGUUCCUUGAACGGUGGGCCGAGUUGGUUAGUGGGCCGAGUUGACUGUAAAGCCUGUGAAAACACAUGAGAAAGUAAACUCGCGAAGGAAAAUUGUCAAGUAAAACUUGCUCAUCUGUAAGAGACUUAGCCUGCAUGUCAGGCUCUAUGCUUGAAAUAGGGCCUGCCACUGAGGUCAAUAACAAGUGGAUUUAUGCAUACAAAUCAUAUGCAAAAUUCCCAUUGGUCAGAAAUAAAUAGCAUUGCCUUUUAAGGUGAUGUAAAGUUGUUGUUUACGUAAUAUGAUAUUCCGUACUUGUAAUUGUACUUUUGGCCGCAUUAAUUACUGCCUUUGCUGUCUAUAAAUACGCUCAAUAACUGUUAUUAUUAUUAUUUAGUAUAAUGUAAUUCCUGGCUGUUUAAUGAAAAUUGGAAUAUUUAUUUUCGAGAUAUUGGCAGAAAAAUUGGCUGUUAUUGUCAUAUUUUAACCCAUUGAGUCGCAUUGCACCCAGAUGCACCCCACUUUAGUAUUUUACUCUGUCUAACACCAGACGAUUUUACUCGUCAAGGGGAGAGCGCUGGUGCUUAAUGGGUUAAAUUAGCUUUGAUAACUGUUCAUUUUUUAUUGCAUUCAGUAGCAGGCUGUAUUUCAAGCAUAGAGCCCGACACACAGGCUAUACAGGGCUUUAAUCAUGACGCCAAUGUCAAAAAAAAUUUUGAAGUUUUAUAAUUGCCAUAAAAGGCAACUACAAACUUGACCCACCCUCAUAAAUAUUAUCACGAGGAUAAUAAUGAAUUUAUAAUUGUCAAAAAAAACUAGAUAUGUGAUUUAUUCACCACGGACACAGUACAUCCAACAGAAAUGACCCAUUUUAUGAACUAAACCAAGAUGGCACCGCUUGUUAAUAAUUUACAAUAAUAUUACCUAAAUUAGCUUAUAUUAUAAAAUCAUGUCAGAUAUAUCAAAAUCUACCAUAAUGAAAUCUGAAUCCAAAACGUGCCUCCGUUCCUGAUGAGAUUUUCGCAUCUUCAAUGACUAAUUACCUUACAUUUCAGUGGAAUCAUCAAGGCAAGUGAGAAGAUCUCGCAAGAAACACGACAGAAGUCAAUCGGCAUCCAUGCCAGUUAAGGUAAUACCAGUUUGACACUGACUUUGAUAUGCCCUUGAAGUCUUGAACAAAUUUUAAUUAUUUGUGGGUAAUUUAAUUGAAUGGUUUUAUUAGUUAAUCUCAAAAUUAUUGUUUUCUUUUAGGAUGUGUCUGCAGACUACAUAGAGGACUGUAAGUGUUAAAUAAUAGAGGCAACGAAGACGAAGAUAUGCUUCACAAUUUUUGCCUGUUUGCUCAUUAUCAGAGUGAGCUUGCGUGUACUGAGUUUGAGACAUAGAUAUCUUAUAUACACUAGAUAGUGUAUCUCUUUUAAAUAGUAAAAUUGAAGCCAAGAAUAUUCCAGUGGUUACCCCCAUUUGAAUAGAUGGCGGCCAUGUUGGAGUUUCCCACUCGCUAAUAAACGCUUAAAAAACAACAAUAACUUUCAUCAUUUGAAUAGUUUGAAAAUGUAUUUGGAAUAGGUUUAACUUAAUGUUUAAGUUCCCUGUUUAUAAAGAAAUAGAAAACAUACAAGUCUUCUCAUUUCAUGGGAAUAUCCUGAGUCUGCAAUCACGGCUUCAAUUUUUGAAUUGCAGUAUAAUUAGAUGCACUAUCUAGUGUAUAUAAGAUAUCUGUGGUAUGAGGUCACUGGUGGUUGUUCAAGGUGUCUUCCAUUAUAGAUUGAUGUGUCACUGUUUAUGAAUACUCAUGACCAUAAUCCUUACCCUGACCCAGACAAAACAAUGAGACAUGAAACUAUUUCCCUUCCCAUGACAAAUGAAUUUUGUCUGGCAUUAGACAGAGUAGAAUAACAUUUGAAGUAGGGUGCAUUGCCAAUCAAAGGGUUAACACUGUGAUAUAUUUCAAGAUCAUUCUGGUGGGAAGUCAAAGACAACAAAACAUGUGAAAGAGACCCAAGAAAAGCUAGCAAAGUUUGAAAUUGGGUAUGAAUAUAUCUUAUUUACCAGCUGUAAAAUAUCAGCCCGGAAAAUUUGUACUUAUCAAAGGUUUUUCUUGGCCAUUUUUGAUAGUGAUGAUCCUGAAAAUGUCGAGAAGACAAAAAAGAAGAGGCGAAGGAAAAGAACACAGUCCGCAGAUCAGGUAAUGAAAGGAAAUCAAUGAUUCUACAAGAAGCAUGAUUUCGGCUGGGCUAGAUUAAACAGGGUUCGUAGUGGUCUUCGAAAUCCUUGAAAGUCUUUAAAUUGGAAUGCAGGUCUUUGAGGUCUUUGAAAAGUCUUUAAAUUGUGUGAAAAAGCGAAGAAAGUCUUUAAAAGUCUUUAAAUUCUUUAGUGAGGAAUUGAUUAUACGAUUUCGUAGCUAAUAAAAUAGAUUGAUUAAAUGUGAUUUGACGGGACUAAUUACUGGGUAAAAAUGGUGCUUACACUCGCAAUUUUUCGACACCUGAUUGCUCUCAAAGGUCUUUGAAAAGUCUUUUAAAAUAGGCAGAAUUUGUUUGGUCUUGGAGACUACGAACCCUGUUAAAGCAUGCACACGAAUUAUGUACAUUACCACAAAACUUUAAUGCUACAUAGUUAGGUAUUUAGUCAUACUUUCAUGGUAUAUUUCGCAUGCUUUAUUUAGCUGAAUGACGAUACUACAACACCAAUUAGAAAAGAUCAAACACUUGCAGAACAAAAUUUGAUCCAAGCUAAUCUCUACACAAAUGGUAAGUUAAGCAAGGCAUGUAAAAAGAAAUUUCUUCCUGGGAGACAAAAAUCUCCUGCAGACCAACGGAGUAUUUUUGUGCUAAAUCUGCAUGUGCAUAAAAACCUAUAGUGUUCUAGCUGACCAUGGUUUUAAAUUCAAGGAAUAAUGUCUGUCAACCAUAUGUCGUUGCGCCCAUAGUGGGACAUGGGUGUUAAGGUUUCCUUCAAAUUUUCAAUAGCAAGUCUUCCUUCAAACGAAUUUCCUGCAGCUGUUUAACAUUUCCUGCGAGCAGUGCUCGCGUCCUCGCCUAGUUUUUCCACCCCUGAAGUUAAGAACGACGUUUUAAAUUUGCUUUCCCUAACUGGCAAAACCGACAAUGAUAAGUUACCGAUACUUUACUAUCCAGCCUCAAAUAAACUUUCUCGAACCAUCAGACGAAUCGUUUUAACAAGUCGAUUUGCUCGGCUAAGAACUCUAUUGGUUAAAUAAAGAGUUAAGUUAACAUAUAUUGUUUAAAAUUUUAUCUCCAGAUAAGAAUAAAAGUCUUGAAAAAGAGACAAAACAAAGCUACAGUGAAGCACUCUCAGGAUGGUCCCAAGACGAAAUCACAGAAGAUCGUCUGCAGAGAUCAAAGAAAACUGACGGCGAACGGAAAGAAAGAAGGUCGAUCAACUUCUUGUUUAAUUUUGCCUUCCUUGUUUAAGCCUCCUCAGGCUUCCUUGUUCAAGCCUCCUCCUCCUUCCAAAAAGAAUCUGGCACGCGGAAAAUUUCGCUGCCUAUAUAGAGCGGACAAUUGUCGGGAAUUAUUUCCGUCUUACCACAGAAUCACAAGGGAAACAACCGAUACAUUUUACAUGAUAUUCUUCGAAAACAACUCUCCAAAUGGCUGGAAUGCCAUUUCAAAAUCUUUACAGAGAGAUGACGCCAGACCCCUAUGUAGAUAUGGGUACCUUCCACUGGUACCUUCGGCAUCACAUAGCCACUUAUUUCUUUCAAAAAGCCUGCUUCUACUCCAAAUUAUGUUUGGAACCCAGGCCUCCUAUCACGUAAUUGAGACGUACAGCAAGUGACGCCUACAAAAUCAAACCUGACUCCCGAUGCAGGGCUCAAAAUAACGGGAGAUAGGUCUCCGGUGAAAAUGACCAGUCAACUUGAUUUUAACUCGGUCAAAAUCUGUUUUUGACCUGUCAUUGAUACGCUUACACUAACAGUGAAACUAACUAUUAGUGUAGGUAAUCACACGGGAAGGAGUGCAAUUAAUGAUUAACACUACGAGUGAUAUUUGAAAAAUGUGCCAAAAUUGCUUUCUUUAUAUUUCAACUGCUUUUUGUCAAGAGUUUUUAAUUCUUUCGUAAGCAAUUUGGUAUAAACAAACUUGGGAAAUGAUUAUAAACUCAUAAAGGCACAUAACUUAAACCGGAACACAAGAUUCAAACUCAAAUAACAUAUUUUAGACUAAAUAAAUUGUAUUUCAAACUUUACAUAGUCACGUUUCACUGCAUCCCGCCAAGAUUACGGUAUUUCUUAAGACUGUUUCCAGGUAUUUUCCACAGGCUCUUUUUGUCAUACAAUGUUUCUUAAACUUAUUCUUGUGCCAGAAUUCAGUUAAAUUCGUCCAAAUUUGUUAGAAAUACUUAUCUAAAUUUCGCCGCCAUAUUGGAUUUUGUUGUUUUGAUUUCCCGCUCCCCCCAGCCAUCACGAAAAUCAUUAAUUGCACUCCUGGAGAGUGCAAUUAAUGAAAUAAUUGCACUCCUCUUAACCAAUCAGAUUGCAGUAAUUUUGUCAUGUAUAUAAUAAGAACUGAAUCUUGUUUCGAUACAUCAUAGUUUUAAUUCAAGACGUCAGCAAUCACAUUGGAAGGCAUGAAAAUGUGGUCGGUCAAAAUGACCGGUGAGGUAAAAAAGUGACCAGUAAAGAGGAAUUUUUGGCCGGUCAUUGGUCCGUUGACCGCCAUUCGUCAUUUCAAAACUAAGCCAUUUUUAGUCAAAUACAGUUUUCCACUAGCGCGAACGUUGUCGUGCGAUUUCCCUACACUUUUUGUCCUGUGAAAUCUUUGCUGGAACUAAAUGGAUAUGAAUCAAUUAUUUUCACUAUGGUUUUGUGCGAAGCAACGCGCUAGCGGAAAACUGGUAAUUUAACUAAUUGUUGAAAUACUAUUCAUUUCUAAAAUUAUCUUUUAUAUUGUAGAGCUAAGAAGAAAACGAAUCUCGAGGAUACGGAAAUCGCAGCUGCGGUAGAAACCGCGGUAAAUGCCGAGAAAGUACGAAAAAGACUAAAGAAACGGUCAAAACAUCGACCAUCGACUGAAGACAUUACAAAUGACCUUGAUGCCGCUGAUGGACACGAGGGGACUUCGAGGACACGAAGGGAACCGCAGGACAAUCUUGGAUACGAUAUCGAAGACCGCGAGGAUAAAGCGGUACACAAGGAAGGCGGGAAAUCUCAAGCGCGGGAAAAUCUUGGAUACGAAGACGAGCAGGAGACUGGGGCGACUUCGCGGGAACCCAAAACGGGGAAGUCCAAAACUGGUAAACGACGACGAAAGAAAUUAAAAGGUGUGUUCCGUGUACACACGCAAAAAUCUUGUAGCAAGUCUGCCAACAAGUCGUCAACAAGUUGUUUUCGCACUGAUUUGUCCCAGUAGACAAUUCCAGCUUAGUAUCGACUAAUUUUUUAUCUAGAUAAGAAAGACGAAAUAUAUUAUUAUAGCUCAAAAGAGCAUCCUCGAAUUAGUAAAAAAUGCAAGGUUUGGUUGCGAAAUGUUGUAAAAUACGGAAAAUAUAGCCCUGUGAAAUUAGAAAAUUUUCAGUAUUUUAGUAUUACGCGCGGUAAAAAAUUACUAAAAAUAACCAUUUUGAGCUGAAAGUGGUUACUUUUACCGCGCGUAAUACUAAAAUACUGAAAAUUUGCUAAUUUCACAGGGCUAUAUUUUUCGUAUUUUACAACAUUUCGCAACCAAACUUUGCAAUUUUACUCAUUUUUGGAUGCUCUUUUGAGCUAUAAUUAUAUAUUUCGUCUUUCCUGUCGAGAUAAAAAAUUAGUCGAUAACUGGAAUUGUGUAUUUGUCAACAAGUUUGGAACAAGCUGUUAACAACUUGUAACAACCUUGUUGAUAUUAUCAGACUUGUUGCAAGGUUGUUCGAACAAGUCCGAUACAGUCAUGAUAUAGCAGUAUUGUUACAACCUUGUAACAUUCUUGUUUAUCAUGACUGCAUGUAUCGGACUUGUUAGAACAACCUUGUGACAAAUCUGAUAAUGCCAUCAAGCUUGUUACAAGUUGUCAACAGCUUGUUUCAAACUUGUUUCAACAACUGGGAACAAGCAGUGCGAAGACAACUUGUUGACAGCUUGUGAACAGAUUUGUAACAACUUGUUUGCAGACCUGUAACAACUUGUGUGUUUUUAUACGUGUGUACAUAUUGUGCCCUGCGCUUGUUCACAUGGGAAUUCCGUGCGAAUGGCGCCUAAAUUACGAAAACGUUUUAAAAUUUUGAAGAAGCGUCCGCUGACGUCAUUCAUCGUGCUCUGGAGAAGAAACGUCAAGAUGAUGGUCACGUGAUGUGUAUCGUGAUCCACAAGGCUGACAGACUGAAGACUGACUUAAGAAUCAACCAUCCAUUAGUACGUGUUCACGUGCUAGAUGUUAAUACCGGGGAAUACGUGAAGAAAUGCAGUGGGUAAGUUUGUAUGUUUCUGGCAUAGUCAUGCAGUGAGCUCGAUAUACUGUAUAUAUCUGGAGCGAGAAGUCGAGUCCAAAAAAGUGACGCCAAGAUGGCUUGGUGGUGUCUGCUGGUUGACCACAAUACACCAUGAUGCUUAGCGAAACCCACUUAUCCAAUAAUAGCAGAUUACCAUUUCCUUGACCUUGAUUACCAUCUAACUCGAUUUCUCAUAAAUACUGAUUCUCAUUUCAUAGAAAUCGUGCAGCGACGUCAUACUACGAGAAUCCAGAAACGGUGGAUCAUAUCCUGCCAUUAAUGACUCAACCGUUUGACUUCAAACAACAAAAGUAUGUUCCAGCCUUGAUUUAUUCCGUACUGCUUUCUUUGAAAGCCACGCAGGCAGAAAUAUAACUGAACUUAUAUGUCAUGGUUACAGGUCUCUCAUUCCAUCAUGGGAGGAUGUUCUUAUCAUCAAUGAAAUAUAUUCUUACUUUUUACAACGCAAUGAAGGUGAUCCCGAUGUCAUUAUUUUCUUUGAGGUGAGAAGACAUUGAACGUCUGCUAUUUAACGAGACCUUUAGAAAUCAAGCCAUUGUUGUUAGGCAGAAGAGGCAUUGACUUUGUCCUACAACACAAAGGUUUAGUAAAGAUCUCUGCAACUGUGAGUCUCUUUUGCAGAUACUCGACUUCCUUAGUAUGGCAGCAAUAAACAAAUUGAAGGGCACUCAGAGGUCGGAUAGAGGAUGGUACCAAAUUGCAUGGGCAUUUCUUAAGGUAACUGUGGAAGUUAACUUAUGUGUACUAUCAAUGUUAGAAGUCUCAUUAUCUUGUCUGUUGUCUUGUGUACUAACUUAUGUACUAUCUGUAUCAAUGUUAGAAGUCUGAUUUUCUUAGUGAGAGGCGGUAGGUUAAAAUUUAGUAAAUCGGUUACUAAUACUGCAGGACACUCCGCCAGCAAGUUAAGUCAAGUAUCCAUUACACACUGUCACGUAAAAACGCACAAGUUGUUACAAGUCUAGUGUCAGUUAGGGGCUAAUCCCAACCCACACUGUCCGCAUUCCCUGUGGGAGGGCACCUGGGUUUGUUUGUGUUUGCUUGAGAUUGUCUGUCAGUAGGAUAACUCAAAAACUGCCACGCAUUUUGAUACGAAAAUGUAUGGAGCUAAUGGCCAUACAAGAACAAACCGACUAAUAAAAAAUUUGGACGAGUAAUUAACAAAAGUGUGUAUUGCUUUUCUGGGCUGAAAAAUCCUUAAUUAGAACAUGUAUAGUGUAAGAUUGAUUGCUUGGAUACACACGUAAAAAUCUCACAUCUUGUAGCAAGUCUGCCAACAAGCCGUCAACAAGUUGUAUUCGCACUGCUUGUCCCAAGUUGUCAACAAAUUUGGAACAAGCUGUUAACAGUUUGUAACAACCAUGUUGAUAUCAUCAGGCUUGUUACAAGGUUGUUCCAACAAGUCCGAUACAGUGAUGAUAUAACAAUAUUGUUACAACCUUGUGUCGUCAACCUUGUCACAUUCUUGUUUAUCAUGGCUGUAUCAGACUGGUUAGAACAACUUUGUGACAAGUACGAUAAUGUCAUCAAGCUUGUUAACAACUUGUUUCAAACUUGUUCCAACAACUGGGAACAAAGUUGUUCCAAAGGUCGCGGGUUCGAUGUUAGCCAAGCAAAGUUGUUCCAAGGUCGCGGGUUCGUUCCCGUCGCCAAGCCAACUUUUCAGCUUGCCGGUGUGGAUGCACACUCAGAGUAACAUCACAAACAACUGGGGAACAAACGGUGUAGACAACUGCUUGUGAACAGAUUUAUAACAACUUGUUUGCAGACUUGUAACAACUUGUUUGCAAUAGCUGUACUCCGUGAUCGGGCAGCACGUAUCAUGGGUGGCUGCCAGAGGCGCGUCCUUAAGAAACCUUCGACUCGAUCAGGUUGAACCGCAUCCUUUGUGAUUCGGUUAGCUCUCAGCUGCAUGUAAGGACGAUUAGCAUACCCCCACUCACUUAACCUGGCAAAGGUAAUAAUUACAUACUGUAUACCUUUCCUUGUUUGGUUUAGCUGGUGGGUUCCAAUGGAUCUCCUAACACCGACAUCAAGAUCCGUCUGCAGUUAUUCCAUCCCGUGAAAUCAAACAGACGUCGACAGUUAUCAAACCCAAAUGUACCUGAGGUUUAUCAUUGGUGGACGUCGCCUUCCCGUCUUCAAUAUCCUUCAACACUCUACGUGACUGUGAAAGGAAUUAAACCACCGAAAGUUAUUGAUGCCGCAGGAAGAUCUAUGUUCGCUGUUCAAGAG